AUGGCAGAAUAUCCCAGUGAUCUGGUUUUACAGCAUCCAUUGUAUCUUGCAAUGUGUAAAUGUAUUGGGGAUGAAUUAGAGAUGUACGAUUAUCAUGAUUUUUAUCCAGGUUGGGGAGUGAUGACAGUGAAUUAUCGAAUUCUAAUUCAGGAGUUGUUUGGAGUAGAAGGAAAUGAGGUAGCACGUUAUAUUAGAAGAAUUCCGACUUUAUGUCUGGAUUUUUUAACAUACUUUAGCGGGGGCUACCUAUUACAAAUUAAAAGCUUAUUUAGGCUUAUUUUGUCUCUUCCGAUGUGUGAAUAUGAAAUAGACAAUACGGGAGGAACGUCAAGCAGUAACAACAAAGGAAGCACAAAUAAUUAUAGUAAGCAAUUUCCUGACUUCACAUGUGAUGACAGCUACUUAAANGAAUUGAAGGACGAAGUACCUGAUUCGAUACGGCAAAUCAUCCGUCGAAUUGAGAAUCAAGAUUUAGCAGACGCUCUUACAGGAUUUGCAUUCCUUAGAUACGAAUUAAUUCCUCGAGAAGGAACUUUGGAAGGUUCUUAUAAAGAUGCGUUUGUCAGGUAUUUGGUUAGGCCAAUAUGCUCAAUGUUGGACGAUGCUUUAAAUAUCGUGAUGAAAGUUGAAACUGAACGACCAGCAGCAUGGAGACGAGCGGUACCUGUUGGAAUGCGAUUACUGACUCGAACUGACAUAGUUAUUAGUAAAGGGAACCUAGUUUACUGUGUUAUAGAGACUAAGAAAUUUCCAUUAUUGCUCGAAUAUAAUGGCCAUCCAUUGGACGGUAUAAGGAGCCUCUUUUCAGACCAGAAACAAAUAACGAAGCAGCUCAUAUGCGAGAUGCUUUAUUUCAAGACUGACAGGGGGAUUCUCACAGAUUCAUAUACAUCUGUAUUCGUGGAACUAGACCUUGACUCAUUUGAACGCAAUGUCCACAAUCUGAGAGAUGUGAAAACUGACAAUGAGCCAAAGAUAAUUCCAAUCAGGUACAUGAUUCGAGACUGCCAUUCAGCUAAACCUACGUUACGAGAAUCGCUAUUGUCGUACAUUUAUAAUUCGGUAGAAGAAGAUUCGGAAAUGGUAAUCAAACAAGAAAGGAUUCAAAGGUUGGAAAAGCAUCUAAAGGUAUCAGGAAAGACAUUGAUUAAAGGUGUUUCUAGUGAUGACAGCGAUGAUCAGUCUGAAGGCUCUGGAAGUCGGCCCAGUACAAGAGAUACAGAUGUGACCACGUUAGGUCAGUCUGAGGGCUCUGGAAGUAGACCCAGUACAAGAGGUACUAACGUGUCCACGUUGAAUUCUAUUCCUGAAGGUACGGGAGAAGGGAGAGAAGGCAUGGAGGAUGAGAUAUCUAUUGAUAUACCUAGGAAUAGCAAUAACCCAUACGUACAGGAUAGAGAUGAUUCCAACACACAGUUGAUUAGACUAGAGUCUCUAUACUUCAAGAAGUCGUUACUAGAACUGGUCGAUGACAGCGAAGUUGUAGUUGCUAAGAUCUACGAUCCGCGAGCCAUGAAUAGAGAUCAAUAUAAAACCUAUACUUCUGGACAAAUGAGGUAUAUAUGUCAUGAAUGGCACAAUACUGAAAAAUCAUGCUAUUCGAUCUUAUCCAAAGAUACCGAGUUCAACAGUUGCUAUUUUCGUAAAGGUGUUGGUCAAAUUCUGA